GAUGUGAAAAUGGAGGAUACCAAAGUUACUGAAGAAAUAGCUGUCAUUCAAGGAACUACUGAAAUCAGUGAAAAGAGCCUUGAAGCAAAAGACGAAUACGCUCAGUUAAAAGUUACGAAAGAAGAAAUAACUGAAUUAGAGGAAAACGUUGAAAUUGACCAAGAAAUUGAAGUUUGUAUUAAAAAGUCUGUUCAUAUUGCUGAAUCAGAGAACCAAUACCAAUCUUUCAUUUCUGAAAGUUCUAUACAAAAUGCAGAAUACGUCCAAGAAUCUUCAUUUACUGCAAGAUCUACCGAAGACUCUUCUUUAACUUCCAGCGUUGUCCAAGAAACUACCUUCAUUGCCCGGUCUACUGAAGAUGCUAAAAAACAGCUUACUUUAGAUCUGGAUUCAAAGAUUAAGAAAUCUGACUCACAAUCUUCAGUCAAGAGCACUAUUAGUACCCCUACUCCAUCUACUGUCCCUCCCACUCCACUCACAGAUGAGUACGUCUUCCGACUCCAAAUGCCUCUCCCCAAGCUGACUGGUCCACCUGUCCCAAGAUCUCCAAGCCCCCAGGACGAGGAUCCUCAUAUUGUUAAAAAGAAUUUGGUCCCUCAUAUAGAUACUGAAAUUAUUGAGGAAGUAGUGUAUGAAACUCCGCUUCCAACCCCGCCAGAGGAUAAAUCGUCUCCGCCAAAGUUUACUAAACCAGGGUUAAAAGGGGGUAAUACAAAAUACACAUUUUUCAAGGAGGAGAUAAAAGAAAUCGAAAGAAAGUCAUCACUACUAGCAUCGGCCAUCGAUCAAACGAUCAAAUCUAUUGAAGAGUACAAGGAAGAAGUAGGAUUGGAAACCAACGUGGAUAACCCUCUUGUUUACAACGGUUACGCCAAAGUUAUAAACACUAAAGUAUACAAAGAUAAACUUGACGAAGUAAAUAUAGAGAAACAAAUUGUGAAGAACACAGAAACCAUAAACAAAAUUGUAGAAGACAGAGCAAAUUCUGCUGAAGAUUCACUAAAUAGGGUUCAACUUAAUGGGAUGCCGGUAAAUGUAACUGUGACCGUUGAAAAUAACGUGGCAAAUUCGGUAGCUGAAGUUAGUGAAAAUAAAAUGGGAGAAUCAAUAGAAAGCGUUUGCGUAGAGGGAUAUAGACCCGUGCCCUUCAACCCCGAUGAUGCACCUCAUUUAGAGAGAGUUGAAAUUACAAUACCGGAGCCGGUUCCAACGGUAGACCCUGGCAAGGCAUUUGUAGCAGAGAAUGGCGAGAUCAUGGGUACACAUCAGGGUAUUGUAGACGGUUUGGAAGAAGCAGUAGUGGAUGAGGAUAUAGCCAAAGAUCUAGGCAAACCUGGUAUGACAGAAGAGAAGAUCGCAGCAAUAAUAUCUGGAGAAUCAGAGAUGCUUCGGGAGGCGCACGUUAUGGGGCUGACACGAGUCUUAAAAUCGCAUAUGCAUCGAGACAAUGAUGAUUCCAGCGUCGAUUUCAAGAAGAUCAAACCUAUAGUGGAAUCCCUAAAGGAUUCUGAAGUCCUCAAAGCUUUGAACGAGGAAUUUGUUAAGACUCAAGAAGAGAAGAAGAAGGAAGAAAGAAAGUGGACCAAGUUCUUGCAGAAGCCGGCGCGGCCGGUGCCUAAAGCGAAGUUUGGAUACCACGGAUGGACGGCUAAUGAUGACGAAGUAAAAGAGUCGCCUUACAAAGUGAAAAUAGUUAAACAGCCUAAACCCAAGGUAGCGCCCGAUUACAAACCGCAGGACUUCAACACGGGCCCGCUGCCGUGGGAAGAGCGAGCGGUGAACGAGCCACCCCCACCCCCAGUGGAGGCUGAACCCCCCAUCUUGAUACCUGAGGAGGAGCCGGUGUUUCUGGAGGCUAUUGAUAAUCUGUCGGAGACCGCUGUUCCGGAUUUGGAGGAGACAGGAAUCGAACUACCUCCUGAAAAGCCAAUAGACGAUCCAGCACCAGAAGCAGAGCCGGAAGCCCUGGAAGAGACAGAAGUCGAAGAAGUAAAAGAGACUAAGAAAGAAAAGCCCAGCCCAAGAGUUGUAGAAGAGAACAGCAACAGCGAGAGCGAGAUGGAGAACAGGAUAGCGGAACAGUUGAUGAAGAAUGUAGAGGGGAUGGUUGAUCCCAACGCACCGCUGGAGCAGCAGCUGGCGCAGAUGCGCGCGCAGCUCGCGGCGCUGGCGCAGCUGCCCGGCGUCAUCCAGCAGACCCUGGAGCUGGUCACCCGCCAGCUUUGCCAGAUUACGCAGCAGGAAGCUCAGUCUCACCCCAAAGUAACACAAGAACAAAUGGCGAUCGAAUCUUCAGAGAUGAUUGAAGAUUCCAAUGAAACCUCUGAAACUAUAAUCGAAGACGUAACAGAAGAAAAGGACGAGACUCAAAUUGAAGAAGUCGUUGAAAAUGGAAUUAAGGAAGAGGUGAAAGAAACGAAGACGGUGGUAGAGGUCAAGCAGACGAAAAUGGAAGAGACCAAACAAACAAAGAUAGAAGAGGUGAAAAAGGUGCAGCUGACCAGGGGCGUCGAGGAAAUGGAGAAGAUGAAGAGGGAAGAACAGGAGAUCUUGGACGAGCAGAGAAGAAUCGAGAAGCAGAAGAAGGAAUUAACGAACGAACUACUUGGCCAAGAGUAUGAAGAGAUGCUUCAGGAGACACCCCACGAGAUAGCUCUUAGGUUUAUUAAUGAACUCUUGGGGAGUCUUCUGCUGGAUAAAGAGCCCAAACACAUGAAACAGAGGCCAUCGCUGACUUCAGCCUCAGACGGACCUAAAACUGACGGCAAUGAGAAAGUAAUGGCGCAACCUCAGCGUGACCAAGAGUCCAGUCAGAACCAAAGGCCAUCGCUAACAUCUUCGAACGGACCUAAGAAGGAAGAUAAAAAGGAACUAAUGGCGGACCUCCAGCUAGACCAGGAGGCCAGACAGCUGAAGCAGAGGCCUACGCCGCGCGUCGGCAAGCCCAAGCCCGUCUUUGGGCCUCUCACGCCGUCUGAGAGGCCGGUGGUGCUGCCCGGAGGCCGAAAGUGGAGGAAGCCUAAAGACGCGUACAACGAUGCGUUUAUCGCCGAAACAUUGACUGCUCAGGCUGAGCUGAUACAAGGAAAAGCGCUGGGGAAUACAUACGAAAGCGUUCAUCUGCCAUACGACGAGAGGGUGAACUUCAUGAAGUACGAAAAGCCGCCGAUCACGACGGACCACCUCAAGAACUCGGAGGUGUACAAGCUGAUCCACGGCAUGGAAAAGGAGCCAGUGAAGCGGGUCGAGUUACUGACACCCGUCAUCGCUGAAGCUGACUACAGAGAGCUGCCCAGCAAGUUGGGGUACCUGAAGGACUCCGAAGUGUACAAGAUGAUCCAUGAUGAGGAGAAGGAACCGCUGCGAGGAGUGAAGAUGCUUCAGUACAUCAUAGCUGAAACUCGAUACCAAGAGAAAUGCCGCUCCGUCACGCCUUCUGCCGACAUGAGACGCUAAUUAUUUUAUACUCACUGUCUUUAUCUCUUUGUGUUUUGUAUUGUCCCUUUCAUUGAAUAAUUUGUACUCGUGCCGAUUUAAAAUAAAUAUACUGUUGUAACUUCUGAAA